AUGGUGCCCCUGCUGCUGCUGCCCCUGCUGUGCCCAGGGUCCCUGCAGCAGCAACCAGGCUACCAGUACGAGCUCCGAGUGCAGGAAUCGGUGACAGUGCAGGAGGGUCUGUGUGUCCAUGUGCCCUGCUCCUUCUACCCGUGGGAUUCGUGGUCUUCCUCUAGUGAACUCUACACCUACUGGUACCAGCACGGGGAUGACACAGCCUAUGAUGCUCCUGUGGCCUCAAACAACCCACAUAAACCGGUGAAGAGUGAAACAGAAAACCGUUUCAUCUUCAAGGACCCCAAGACCAACAACUGUUCCCUGAGCAUCAGAGACGCCAGGAGGAGUGACACAGGACGCUACUUCUUCCGAGUGGAGAGAGGAGAUUCUGUGAAACAUAGUUACCGAGAGAAGAUGUUGAAUUUGCAGGUGACAGCCCUGACAGACAAACCCCACAUCCAGAUUCUGGAGCCACUGGUGUCCAGCCACCCCACACAGCUGGCCUGCAGCCUGCCAGGGGCCUGUGAAAGGGGACAACGUUUCACCUUCUCCUGGGCGGGAGCCGCUGUGGACUCACUGGACCCUCAGACCCUCCACUCCUUCAAGCUCACCUUCACUCCGAGGCCUGGGGACCAUGGCACCAACCUCACCUGUCAGGUCCAAGUCCAACGGCCUCAGUUGACCACACAGAGAACCAUCCGGCUCGACGUCUCCUUGAAAGCCCGCAGGAGGCAAGCAGCCGGGAGACCAAAGGUCACGAACGAUGAAGACCCUGUGAUGGGCACAGUCACCUUGGGCUCCCAGAAAAACCUCCAGCCGGAUGGGCCCCCAGACCAAGCGCCACCUGCUGAGAAGGGCCCUCUGUCAGGGGAGCAGCAGGAGCUCUACUACGCCAACCUCACCUUUGAGGGGCUGAAGCCACGGGAGCCUCGGGGCCAGGAGGCCACCAGCACCCAGGAGUACGCAGUGGUCAAGCGCAGAGGCCAAUGA